AUGAAGUCUGGAGAGCUCGACUCUCCUCCUAGUGGGGUCAGCUCCCAAGUAGACAGCAACCCGGAUAGCGAAGAAAGCGACGAUAACGACGACCCGAUCAUAGCUCAAUUUGGUGACCAGGCCAAAGCUAUUGCAGAGGCGGGUGCCGAACAAGUCGGAUUAGAUAUUGCUACAAAAUCACUCUGUACGCUGAUUGUGACUGGCAUUGAGGCCCUCCUUAACGGGGUAGAACUGGCGAUUCCUCUUUUUAGGGAGAUUACAAUCGGCCUUGAAAGCUUGGCAGAAGUGUUUGCCAACCGAUUUAUCAUCAAAGCAUACAGCGACCUGGUCGAGAAGGAGGGCAAAGCUGCAAUCAAAGCCACCGAAAACAAGCUCGAGCCCAAGAGAGUGACCAAGAGACCAACCAACACACGACCUCCGAAAUCAUCGCAUACGUCAGCGAGAACACGAACUACAGAUCAAUAUGGCAUAAAGAGAGCCGACAAUCCCAAUUGCAAGCGACGAAAGAGGUCUGCCCGCACGACAACGGAAAUCUCGGAUCAGCUUCAAGGGCGCAUAACAAGGACUAUCACGCUAGACUGCGAUAGAUACCCUCAGCCGUGCUGGCACUACUCCUCGGUGAUCAGUAAUAACCCACACUCUGCGUAUGUGACGUGCCCAUACCGCCCUCAGCCGUUGACACAGCGUGGUGCGGUGGACGAGUGGAAUAAUAAGCAUGAUCGGGACCUCGUUGACGCAGAUGUUGAAUGUGAGGCGGAUGAGUGGCCCGCUACAAAGUACAUUGAGGUAAAUAACGGCUACAAAUAUUUGGAGGGACAUGGGAACCGAGUUCCAAAAGUUAAAAAACAAUUUAUUCGCCUUCUGUCUCAGGCCCAAAACGGAGCCGCUAGUCAAAAAUUCAAAGGUUGCCCGAAAAUGGCCAGAAGAGAAGAUAUUCAAACUGAGAUCAGUUUGGAGGCUCCGGCGCACGAAGGACUGUAUACUGAAUAG